UCAGCAGAUCCAUGCCAUGGCUUUUCUCAUGGUGCGAAUGUGGUCGUUUCCGUCAAAACCAGUGCCUCAGAAGAAGUUGAGAAAGUACCCGCACAGAUGGAAACCACACUCCGGUCGCCAAGAAUGUCUUACACUUCUCAGAUCUCGAACAAAACAUCUAACAAUACCGCAUACACGACGCUCUUGAUACCGCUUCCGUAUCUGAGGUCGACAAUAACCCCGACUUCAAGUUCUACCGUGAGCAGAAGGCCCUUUGGGGUGAGAAAAGAGACAUAAGCGGCCUCCCCGAGUCUCCAAAUCAGCUUGCAGCAUGGACUCUUAAAUACAAGUUUUUUCACGUCUUGGAGAAGACGUGGGUGCUGAAGCCGGACAUGGACUGGUACGUCAUCAUCGACGCGGACUCGUACAUUUUCUGGCCGAACACGGCCCUAUGGUUGGGCACGAUGGACCCAAAUCUGAAAUUCUACUUCGGCUCCGCAGUGAACGUCGCGGGUGAACGUUUCGCGCAUGGCGGGUCUGGCAUUGUGAUGUCAAGGGUUGCUGUGUAUGAUAUCGUGGGUACAGCUGCCCGCUGGGAUUCAAAUAUUCGUGAAAGAUGUUGCGGCGGUCUUGUGCUUGGCCUUGCGUUUAAAGAUACGAGAUUGAACUACAGGAUUGGUGGCCGCUGAUGAGUGGAGAGACGCCGCCGAGUAUGCCGUUUGGUCCCGGGACGCCGGAGUAUAUGUGUAGACAAAUUUCCACCUCUCGCUAAAGGC